AUCCAAGCCGCAGUGCCUCUUCGAUAGCAACAACCACAUCUCACAACAAUGGAUAACAUUAUGAACCUCGCCAAACAGGGCUAUCAGGCCUACUCUGAGUCUCAGUCGAACAAUGUGAACAAGACUGGUGGCCAGGAGUACAAUUCGCCACACCACUCGAACCAGGGCCAGGGCGGGUACAAUGAUGGCCCCGACAUCGACCAUGACGAGGCCGUUCGCACCGCGACAUCUCAGGGGUCGGGUGAUAGCUCACUAUUCUCCUCGGCGAUGAGCUUCUUGAGCAACAACAAGACCGAGCACCAGCAGCCGGUUGAUGAGCAGGGUGUCCAAGAUGCUCAUCGAAAGGUAUACCAGGAAGGCGAUGGCAGUGGUAUGGAUGCCUCUGCUCUUGGCGGUGCAGCUGCUCUGCAAGCGCUGAAAAGUUUCACCUCGAGUGGUGGAUCCAGUAGCGGAGGUGGCAACAUGCAAACGAAGCUGAUCAGCAUGGCUAUGGCGGAAGCCACCCAGCUGUUCGAUAGUAAAGGCGCCGUGUCUGGCAACAAGCAGGAUGCAGUGAACAGUGCGGCUAUGACUGUCAUGAAGCUCUUGGUGCAAUCCAAGUUCUCUGGCACGACUGGCGGAGGCAACAGCGGUGGUUUGGGUAGCUUGAUGGGUCUGGCUUCGAAGUUUAUGUGAUAGAGCAUGACGGACGACCUCAUGGAAUAUAAGCAGAAGAGAUCAGAGAGAAUACUGCCGUUCGUGCAGUAUGCCAGCGAGAAGUCAAGGUGUAGUGCUCUGUACAUUGUAGCGCAGCGAUGGCGCGGUCCGAUGUAAAUCGAAUCAUUGAACGUAUGUUCGAGGUCAAAUGAGACUUGAGACGUUCGCUAA